AUGACACAACCACUACGACAUAUGAUCGAUGGACCAGGCCGCACGACAGAACGACCACGCCAUAUGACACAACCACUACGACAUAUGACCGAAGGACUAGGCCGCACGACAGAACGACCACGGCGUACGACACAACGAUCACGCUACAUGACACAACGACUACGACAUAUGACCGAUGGACCAGGCCGCACGACAGAACGACCACGCCGGACGACAAAACGACUACGAUUUAUGAUCGAAGGACAAGGCCAGACGACGGAACGACCACGCCAUAUGACAGAACAACUACGACACAUGACGGAAGGACUAGGCCACACGACAGAACGACCACGCAAUAUGACACAACGACGACGACAUAUGACCGAAGGACUAGGCCGCACGACAGAAGGACCAUGCCAUAUGACACAACCACUACGGCAUAUGAUCGAAGGACAAGACCGCACGACAGAACGGCCACGCCAUACGACAAAACGACCACGCUACAUGACACAACGACUACGACAUAUGAUCGAAGGACAAGGCCGCACGACAGAACGGCCACGCCAUAUGACACAACCACCACGACACAUGACCCAAGAACUAGGCCGCACGUCAGAACGACCACGCAAUAUGACACAACGACGACGACACAUGACCCAAGGACUAGGCCGCACGUCAGAACGACCACGCAAUAUGACACAACGACGACGACAUAUGACCGAAGGACUAGGCCGCGCAGCAGAACGACCACGCCAUAUGACACAACGGCUACGACAUAUGAUCGAAGGACAAGGCCACACGACAGAACGACCACGCCAUUUGACACAACCACCACGACACAUGACCGAAGGACUAGGCCACACAACAGAACGAUCACGCCGUACGACACAACGACCACGCAACAUGACACAACGACUACGACAUAUGACCGAAGUACUAGGCUGCACGGCAGAACGACCACGCCACAUGACACAACCACCACGACAUAUGACCGAUGGACCAGGCGGCACGACAGAACCACUACGACACGUGACCAAAGGAUUAGGCCACACGACAGAACGACCAUGCCGUAUGACACAAGAACUACGCCAAUCGACAGAACAACCACGUCAUAUGGCCGAAGGACUAGGCCGCGCGACACAACGACCACAACAUAUGACACAACAACUACGACAUAUGGCACAACAACCACGCCAUAUGAUCGAAGGGCGAGGCCGCACGGCAGAACGACUACGCCAUAUGACAUGA